ACACUUUUCUUGUUUAUAAAAUAAAAAAUGACUCGCUCCUCCACUGCCAGAGUUGCAGCUGUAUCUUAUACAGGAGGAAAAGACUGUACGUUAGCACUUCAUCGUAUAAAAGAGCAAGGUGUUCGGAUUGCAGUUCUUGUAACGUUCAGCCCACCAUUGACUCAGGUGUCCUCGUUUAAAGCACAUCCACUCGACGUUAUUCAAAAACAAGCAGAGGCAUUGGGUUUACCGCAUGUUCUUUGUAUUAUUAAAGGACCUAACUAUUUAGAAGACUAUCGGAGAGAGAUAUUGCAAUUAAAACGGACUUAUGGCAUUGACGAGCUUGUGACAGGUGAUAUUUUACCAGUAUGUAGUAAUUUUAUGGAACGUGCCGUUGAAGGAUCAGGUGUACAAUUGAUUCGACCCUUAUGGGAGCAACCUCAAAAUGAGCUCUUGACAGAAAUGUUGGAAAAGAGAGGGUUCAAAAUACUUAUUACAUGUAUAAAUUUGAAAAAAAUACCCAUUGCCGUUUUACAAAAAGUUCAAGAGCAUUUUGAUGUGGGCCGAUGUCUAACACGUACGGCCCUGGAUACCUUAAUUGCUGCACAUACCAAUGCAAGUUUAAGUCCUACCGGUGAGUACGGAGAGCUACAUACUAUGGUGACUGAGUGCCCGCUUUAUAAUGGAAAGAAGUUGUUGAUAGACGGUGAUACAUACAUCGAUGAAGACUUCGCUUACCUGAAAAUAAAUCAAGUCGAACUUGUCAAUGAUAAGGAAUGACACCCUCUCUAAAAAAACCUCUCAUUGAAUAUCAAGUUUCUUAUUCGUAUUAGAAGUUGCUAUGCUUUAUAUAGUUAUAGGUUGAGUGUUCAUAUAAAGUGAAAAGCGAAUAUAAGGUGUCUCUUCGAUUGAAGAGACUGCAUUUAUUGCAAGAAGUUUUCAUAAGAAGUUUCAUAUCCAUGACCAUUCUGAAUAACACAAAUCCAUCCAAAUCACCUAUACUUAGAUUAUGUAAAGUGCGUGUGCAUGCGCACUAGAAUAUUGCUCCGCAUAUGCAUAAUAUUCAACUAGAGCAG